AUGGCGGGUCUACUCGGGGCGGGUCUGACGCUGACCCUGACCGUUAUGGCACCCGCCUCAGCCGCUGAGUUACCGUUACUGGAUUCUCUGCAGCUCAGUGAACCUGCCAAUGCCCUCUCCCUGCCUACCUGGGCCAUACACGUGUCCAGUGUCGUUGAGUGGAUUACAGCAAUGGUGUUGGUGUGGCAGUAUGGUGAAAAGUCCGGGUUCGAAUCGUGGAAAGGGCUGGCUUGGGGUAUGGUUCCCCUUCUUGGUGGAGCGUUCUGUGCAUGCACUUGGCAUUUCUUUUAUAACUCCGAGUCUCUUGAUGUAUUGGUGGCUCUUCAAGCAGCCCUGACUGUUAUAGGCAACACCACAAUGUGUUUUGCUGCAUAUCGUAUUUACAGAUCAACUGAAGAACGCUCCAAGCUUUGA